AUGCAACCUUCCGGUUAUGAUGAGGGCCAACCCGAAGGUGAGAAAAGACUCGCGAUUCUAAACUGGCUUUCUAAGGUCGAAUAUAAAAGACAUCAUGAACAAGCCAAGGACGAGUUGCUAGAAGGAACUGGACAAUGGCUCCUCGACCAUGAGAAGUAUCAGGAAUGGCGGUCUACAAGCGCGUCGGGGAUCCUAUGGCUUCACGGCAUUCCUGGCGCGGGAAAGACUAAACUUACCUGCAUGGUGAUCGAGACUUUGAUAUCGCGACUUGCAGGGAAAGAGCCUGUGGUAUACUUCUACUACAACAAGAACGAUCCCCAGCGACAAGACCCCGAAGUCCUGAUGCAGGCCAUCUUGAAGCAACUUUCGAUCGCAUAUCCGGGCCUAUCAAAGGCAAUUGUGGCCGACUACAAUCAGAGGUUGGAAGAUGGGAUGGCGGCGGGCACAUUGAGGUUUCAAGAAAGCCAAAGUCUAAUACUUUCGCUUCUGGACCUAUACCCACAGACGACAAUUGUGGUCGAUGCCCUAGACGAGUGCGAUCCGGGGGAGAGUUGGCGGCUUCUUGAAGUUUUUAAGACACUGUUAGACUCUGUCGGAAGUCUGGUAAAGAUAUUUGUUUCUAGCAGAGACGAUAUCGACAUCAAACUCCAACUCGAAGGAUUGCCAAAUCUCUACAUUGAUGCGAAGGAGACAAGCCAUGAUAUCGAGCGAUUUGUCAACCGGGAGAUUGAAACCGCGAUUCGAAACAAGAGGUUACUCCGUGGGAAGGUUACAGACGACUUGAAGCUACAUAUAGUGAACACUAUUGUAGAGAAGGCUCAAGGAAUGUUUCAGUGGGCCGACCUUCAGAUCAAGAGUCUCUGCAGAUUAAAGCUUGCGUCUGACGUCGAGGAAAGGUUAACAAUGCUGCCUGCUACACUGGAAUCAACCUAUUCCCAAAUCUUGGACGAAAUUAAACAAGGCACCCCGAAAGAAUUUCAUCCCGCAAACAGAUCCCUAAUGUGGAUCAUUGGCACUCAAAUGCCUUUAGAUAGAGAUACAUGGGCUCAAUUCUCUUAUUGGCCUGACGCUGUACCCGAGGACGGUGUCGAUUCGGAGGCUUGCAUCUCCGGCCUAGUCCUACUUGAAUCGAGCAGCGGUAUGGAGCGGGCCUGCGCCAGUAAGAAAAAGUCUACUCUAAAGUGUAUCGAGCUUUACAUGGUGUUCACCUGGUUUCUCCAUGUUGAGCUAUCACUGGAUAAAGAUGAAGAAAGCCUAACCCCAGAUUUGGCUGCCUUACUUCUCAACCUUUUGGGCACCAGUGAAAAGCCUGGGGUAGAGUUUAUAUUCUGGGUACGAAUAUUUAGCAACCUAAACAUCAAACGCUACUGCGUAAAGUGGAGGACGAAGGGGAUCUGGUCCACGCCUUCGUUCAAGGAACGGGUGCCCGGUCUGUGUGGGGCGGUAGCGGCAAAGCCGUCUGACCCAUAUUUUCUAAUUGCCCACUGUCGCUUCGGGAAGAAGUUUGAUGAGAACUUCCCAAUAUCUUCCCACAACUGUGCCUCGGGUCCGACCUCCUUUUACCUGGCCACCCAAGCCGGCAAUGAGUGUAUCAUGGACCGACUUCUUGCAGCAGGGGCGGAUUUCAAUGCGGUUGACGCGAAUGGGAAUACACCUCUGAAAAGCGCGGUACGCAACAACCACAUACGCAUAGUGUUGAAGCUCCUGGAUCUAGGUGCCAAACCGAUGGGAGGAAGUAUGAGGAAUAUGAUGCGAGCGGUAGCGGCGGAGAAACAUGUAAGCCUAAUGACCGCUCUUCUAUUGAGAGACGAGAAGCUUGAGAUCACCAAGGAAAUACUCGAGGCCGCUGCAGGGAAUUUUUAUGCUUGGAAAGGGAUGUUGGAAGUUCUUCUGCCAAGGAGCAAGACAGCCACGGUCACGGAGAAAGUCAUCGCGGUGGGUGCGAGCAAUACACAAGGCUGCUCAAUUCUUCGGAUGUUCAUGGAUAUGGGUGUGAGGAUCAAACCAACUGAGACUAUCCUCCUGGCCGCAGUGGGGUACUGGACGGACGAAAGAGCUUUAACCCUUCUCCUGGCUGGUGGUGAUGGCCGGCUUGCUGUGUCAGAGAGGGUAUUGGCGGUAGCUGGUCAGAGGGGGAGCUUGCCCGUUCUGAAGGCUUUGGGCAGCGUUUACGAUGGAGAACCCCCAGAAAGCUCUCUAUUAUCUCUUAUCCACAAGGAUACACAAGUCCUCCUGCGUCACCCAGACCACCGCGGAGUGAUGCGGCAGGAGGCGUUUGUUCUCGCCGUGACGCACUCCAACAAGGUGGAUGUGCUUGAAACACUACUAGACUUCAACUGGGACGAUGGUGACUCCAUCGAGGUAACGGAAUCUAUCCUCAUCAAUGCGGUGUUGGGCCCGUCGGGCAACAGGUGGUCGGAAUUCUCGCGUUUGCUGAAGCGUGUCAAAAAUACCGAGGUAAUGACGGAGGCUCUCAUGACUGCGGUUUUGACGUCUAGAGAUGAGAAUGCGGGCGAUUUGGUGCGGGGACUGCUCGAUUACUUUGGUCAGAAUAUCGCGGUCACAGAUGCACACAUUAAAACUGCAAUCAGCCAAGGAUCGCCCGUCACAGAACUGAAGCUCUUGAUGGCUAAAAACCCAACCUUUGAAGUCAUUGGAGCCACACUCAUAGCAUCUGUGAGAUAUGCACCGCAGUUAACCUUCGUCGGUUCGAUGGCCGAUAAUAGGGACAUAACGGAUAUCAAGGACGAGUUGUUUUAUGCAGCAGCCAAAAACUGCACAUAUGGUCACCAAAUCACCGAACACCUCCUAGGCCUACUCGGGGACAAUACGUACCUGCCGGAGGGGGCAGUUAUGCGCGCCUUGAGGAAAUGGACGAACCGCGGCGGUGCCCUUUUUCAGCUACUACAGAGCCGUCACAUCCCCAAGAUCACCAGGAGGGUUGUAGCGUCCCUUACGAAAAACCACGAUUUCGGGCCUUCCCUUUUGGGGUGCAUACUAGAAAAGUGUCCGCUGGAGGCUCGGUCCCUCUUCACGGAGGAGGCUAUUGCUUCUACGGCCAGACGUGUGCGGGGAUAUGAGAUGAUCAAGACCUUGUCCGCCGAGGAUGUGCCUCUCCUUAUUACAGAACGGCUCGCGGCUGCUACAGCAAAGAACCGAGACUGUGGUCCGCUAAUAAUCGAGGAACUCCUAGCGGGAGGCCACGCCAUAGUGAUUACUGAGGAUAGGAUGGAAACACUUUGGGAGGACCAUCCGGAGAAGAAUGCGGUUAUGCGUUCAUUCCGCGCUCGACUAUCAGAUACGGCGGGCCUGUCAUCCCCUCCAGUCCUGCCUCGAUCCUCAGGGGUUGGGUACCCCAAUUCUUCGGAAGACUACUCCAGCUCCUCGGAUGAAGAUGAAUUUGCCAGCUCGUCGCUUUUAUAA